ACACCCAGCUUUACCGCUUUACCGUCUCUCACCCGUCGUCAGAGACAUCCCACUUCAACUCUUCAACACCAACUCUCUCUACCGCAACAACCGCGACCCCGAAGCACACAAUACCCACACUCCCACACAGUAGCCAUGGCUCUCAAGCGCAUCAACAAGGAGCUUACUGAUCUCGGUCGUGAUCCUCCCUCUUCUUGCUCGGCUGGCCCUAUCGGAGAUGAUUUAUUUCACUGGCAAGCAACCAUCAUGGGCCCUGGCGACUCACCAUAUUCCGGCGGUGUAUUCUUCCUAGCGAUCCAUUUCCCCACCGACUACCCCUUCAAGCCCCCGAAGGUCAACUUCACCACCCGCAUUUACCACCCAAACAUCAACUCCAACGGUAGCAUCUGCUUGGACAUUUUGCGAGACCAGUGGAGCCCUGCUCUGACCAUCUCGAAGGUGCUUUUGAGUAUUUGCUCGAUGCUGACAGACCCGAACCCUGAUGACCCGCUGGUUCCCGAGAUUGCACAUGUCUACAAGACCGACCGGUCCCGCUACGAAUCGACGGCCCGCGAGUGGACCCGGAAGUACGCCAUCUAGACAAGCAUACGUGAGAAAGCGACAGGGCAUGGUUUCGUUAGGAUGCGACAGACGACAAGAAGAAUGUGUGAGGGCGGUCGGUUAUCAAGAGCAUACCUUUGACGGUAUGAUGGAUGAUGGGAGUUUUCUACACUACAGCAUGCAUGCUGGAGGGGUUCUAUAGUACUUGCUAUCAUCACUCUUAGCAGAACAGGCUUAUUUCUCUUCCUGUCCUUAUUCUUGACUGCAAUGGUUGCCAUCAGCUAACCAACAAGUCACACAUCCCUGCAUACGUCAAGAGUUUUCGAGUCCAUAUGUAAUUACAUUCGAUCAAUGAGGAGAUGCGACUCUA